AUGGCUUCUAUGGGCAAUGAAAGAGCCUCAUCAUCUUCUUCUUUCACACCUUGCUGGACAUAUGAUGUAUUCCUCAGUUUUAGAGGUACAGGGGCUCGAUCCCCUGAGCUGAAGGUCACUAAAGAGACCGGGUACCACUUGGGCCAACAGGCCGGUGGUGGUUUUACUGACCAUUUAUAUUUUGCUUUGAAACAAAAAGGCAUUUUUACCUUUAGAGAUGAUGAAAAACUUGAGAGAGGAAAAUCAAUUUCACCAAAGCUCUUGAAAGCAAUAGAAGAAUCGAGAUUUGCUAUUGUCAUUCUCUCAAGAAACUAUGCAUCUUCAAUAUGGUGCCUAGAUGAACUUGCAAAGAUCAUUAAAUGCAUGAAAGAGACUGGAAUGACAAUUCUACCUAUUUUUUAUAAAGUGGAUCCAUCAGAUGUUCGAAAGCGGACAGGAACUUUUGCAGAAGCUUUUGUUAAACACAAAAAGGAGAACAAAAAGAAGGAGCAGAAAUGGAGAGCUACUUUAAGAGAAGUGGCCAAUCUCUCAGGGUGGCAUUUGCAAGAUGGGUAA